AGAGUUCACACAGUUCCUAGCACACUGUGCAGCUUUGUUCACGUGGGCCUUACUUCCUUGCCUUGCCUUCCAUUUCAUGUCAUGGUUAUUGGUUGAUCUAAUCUCAUUAUCAUCAUCAUCAUCACCACCGCCUUGGCUCUCUCUUUCACUGUCUCUGAACCCUUCAGUGAGACAUAUGCUGUAGCUCAUUGGUAUGGUUAUUGGUUAGUUGGUGAGUGGAAAAUGAGAAUUGGUUUGGAGUUUGGACACUUUGUUUUUAUCUUCGGUGGAAGCUUCAUAGUUUGUGCCAGCUAAUCUCAUUCACUCCAAUAAACUAUUCUUUUGCUGAAAAGUCGUUUCUUUCCUUUUUGUGCUUUUCCUUCUCAAUUAUUUUAUGAACUCCAACUCUGUCUGCUCCGCUUCAUUCAACUUUGGCUCUCACUGGAAAGUAAUGGUACUUAAAUGUCACUAAAAGUUAAAGUGGUCUUUGGAAGUAUGAUAUAGGUGUGGUGUGAUCUACAACCCCUGGAAUUUGCUCACUCUUUUGCUUGCUUUGUCUUUGAUGAUUGGGGCUAUCAUUUAGGAGUUUGCACAAGUACAAAAAGCAGAUAAAUGAUGCCCUUACAGUGGAAAGGACAUGCCUCUGUGUCUUUGAGGAUUAUAUAGGGCUAUGGCUGAGUAUUAAUUUUUCUGUUGUUGCACCAAUUUUUGAAGACAAGAUGGGGGAGACAGCGGCUUCCAAUCCUGCUUUGCAAGUGUCUGUUUCGUUUGGUAGAUUUGAGAAUGAUUCCUUGUCUUGGGAGAAAUGGUCUGCUUUCUCACCAAAUAAGUACUUGGAAGAAGUUGAGAAGUGUGCCACUCCUGGAUCAGUUGCUCAGAAGAAAGCGUACUUUGAAGCUCAUUAUAAGAACAUUGCAGCCCGGAAAGCUGAAUUGCUGGCUCAAGAGAAGCAGAUGGAAAAAGAUUCUUCUGGAUCACAAUAUCAAAAUGGUGAAAAUCUGAGCUGUAACACUUGUGGAACAUAUGCAGACUUUGAUAUGUCCAAUAAUCAAGGUUCUAGUGAAGGGGCCAAGCAAGAAAUCACUUCAAUUGGUGAGAUCAUUGGGACUGAUGUGAGUAAUUUGGAGGAGGAGGAUGCAGUUUCAAGAGAUUAUCAAGAUUCAUCAGUCGAGGGUGAGAAUGUAGAACUGGAAAGCAAAUCACGUAGUUCCUGGAUAGAUAAGCAUGAAGAAGUUGUCUGUGUUGAGCAAGAAGGAAGUAAAGAAGAAAGUCCUAACAUUGAAGCUGAAGAUGUGAAGGAAAUUUCACACAAUGUGAACGAAGAUACUGCAAAGAAAAUUGAAGCAAAAGAUGUGACAUUGGAUCAUCCAAAGGUAUCUAAGAAGGUUACUCCUCUGAGCAGAGAGAGCAAUGCAGCAAAGGUGAAGAAGAAAUCGGUGCUCCUUUCAUCUAAGCCUAUGUCAUCCCAAAUUUCCACCCCUAGAAGUUCAAAGCCUACAUCGACUCCCACCAAAACAUUGGCAUCUGCCUCUUCAAUUAAAAGAGGAAACUCUUCAUCAAUAUCUGGGAGGAAAAUUACUUCAACUGUGGAGAACAGAAAAGUUCCAAAUAAAUCUUUGCACAUGUCCCUUAGCUUGGCUCCAAGCAUACCUGAUCCUGCUCCUGCUACGCAUACUACAAUGAGAAAAUCUUUAAUUAUGGAGAAAAUGGGGGAUAAGGACAUAGUCAAACGAGCAUUCAAGACAUUCCAGAACAAUUUCAAUCAGCCUAAAACUUCUGGUGAAAACAAACCUUUGGUAAAAGAAAAGGUUUCUUCAAGGUUGGCAGAGCCAAGGAAUCCAACAUCUAUAGCUUUGCGAAUGGGAAAUGGACAGUCACCUAAGGUUGACAGUAUGGAUAAAAGAAGUGGGAAUGCUGUUCGAACUACUUAUGGCCUAAAAUGUGACGUUAAAGCAGAGAAAGGAAAAGAGUCUCCAAGAAAAAUAGAUGAAAAAUUUAAUGCAAAAGAGGUAGAAAGAACGCAUAUUCAAUUGAAAUCAAAGGAGGAAAAGAUGCAACAUAAAUCCAAAGCCACACCCUUGCCAGCUUUUCACCGGGGUCAAAAAGUAUCAAAAAGUCAUCCAGAGAAGGUUGAUGUCAAGGUUGGGAAAUGGCGGUAGGCCCUUAAGAGGUAGAAUCAAGUGAAGAUGAGAUUAAAUACAUCAGUGGGCGUGUCAGAUCUAUGUGUUCAGAGGAAAUGUUUAUAGCUACAACUCUAGUCACACUAUGAAAUUUUAGUUUAGUCUGCAACAGGGGAACAAUUAUCUAGUUAUAAGGACUAUAGGAGCUUAUGAACGAUGUGAGGAAGGAGUAAGGGGAGUAAAGCAUCAAUUAUUGAUAAUAAAUUUUUCUUUUGAGAAAUAAUAUUGUAUAACUAUAAUGUCUAAUGUGAGAAAAGUACGCAUUUCUUUUAAUU